AUGAAUGAAAAGAGAAGAGCCCCAGAGAAUGAACAAAACUUGGUUCAAUCUCUAUCUGAAACGAGAACAUCUAGCUUCUCUCUCUCCGUUAAACUCAAAUAUGUGAAGCUCGGUUACCAUUACUUGGUCUCCAGUGCUUUGUACCUCAUGGUUGUGCCCUUCUUUUGCAUCAUAUUAACUCAUCUUUCAACAUUUACGAUUGAAGAUUUCGUUCAGUUGAGUGAGAAUUUUAGGUUGAAUUAUUUAACAUUAUGUGUGUUGUCUGUUUCCAUUGCUUUCUUAGCUACAUUUUACUUCAUGAGCCGCCCACGAAAAAUCUACCUAGUGAAUUUCGCAUGUUACAAGCCCGAGAAGGCUCGAAUGGUAAGUAAAGAACUUUUCAUGCAGUUAUCAGCAGUCAGUGGAAGUUUCACGGAAGAAAGUUUAGCAUUUAAAAGGAAAAUCCUAGAAAGGUCAGGGUUUGGCCAGAUGACAUAUGGCCCAGAAGCCUUGAUGCAGGUCCCCAGAAACCAAUGCAUGGCAGAGGCAAGAAAGGAAACUGAGACGGUUAUGUUUGCGGCAAUCGAUGAGCUCCUAGCGAAAACUGGGGUGAAGCCUAGAGAUAUAGGGAUUCUCGUGGUGAAUAGUAGUUUGUUCAAUCCAACACCAUCCCUCUCAGCUACCGUUGUAAAUCACUACAAGCUUAGAGGGAACAUUUUGAGCUAUAAUCUUGGUGGCAUGGGUUGCAGUGCUGGGCUUAUCUCAAUAGACCUUGCCAAACAGCUUUUACAGGUGCAUAGCAACUCAUAUGCUUUAGUGGUUAGUACGGAAAACAUCACAUACAAUUGGUACCACGGUAAUAAUCGAUCGAUGCUUGUCACAAAUUGUCUAUUUCGAGUGGGUGGAGCUGCAAUUCUCCUAUCAAAUCGAUCGAGUGAUCGUCGCCAUUCAAAGUAUGAACUUGUUCACACCCUUCGUACCCACAAGGGUGCCGAUGACAAAAGUUACAAUUGUGUAUUCCAGCAAGAAGAUGAAUUAAAAAAUGUGGGUGUUUCGCUGUCAAAAGACCUCAUGGCAGUCGCUGGAGAAGCCCUCAAAACAAAUAUCACAACACUAGGGCCGCUUGUCCUUCCCCUGUCAGAGCAACUAUUGUUUGCGGCAACAUUAGUGGCGAGAAAAGUUUUUAAAAUGAAGAUAAAAUCAUACAUUCCGGAUUUCAAGUUGGCAUUUGAGCACUUCUGCAUUCAUGCAGGAGGCAGAGCGGUGUUAGAUGAGUUAGAGAAUAGCUUGGACCUCACUCAGUGGCACAUGGAGCCUUCCAGGAUGACUCUCUACAGGUUUGGCAAUACUUCAAGCAGUUCUUUGUGGUAUGAAUUGGCUUACUUAGAGGCCAAAGGAAGAAUCAAGAAGCGUGACAGGAUAUGGCAAAUUGGGUUCGGAUCAGGAUUCAAGUGCAACAGUGCUGUUUGGCGUGCGCUAAGCGCAAUCGGUCCUGCCAUGGAGAAGAAUCCCUGGACGGAUGAAAUUGAUGAAUUUCCUGUGCAAGUCCCUAAAGUGGCACCCAUCGUUUAUUGA